UUUCCAGUGGAGAUUGGCACAGAGACGCAGCGCCACGACCACUCCGGUGUGUCUGUUUGGUACAGACUGCUCAAACUUCUGCGCAGAGAGGCGGAUAGAUCCAUAUCCACCCAGCUCGUCCCAGAUAGCGGAUUAAAUUCACGCUCUCUUUUCUUUCUUUCCCUUUUUUUCCCCAUUUCCUCCUCCUCCUUCUCCUCUGGGUUCGUGUUACAAAGCCUUGGGAGGGAGUUGCGCGGAGAGCCAGUUCCUCUGUGUAGAAACUGAAUGACAGGAUCAUAUGGCUUGAUUUGCCUUAUAGUCCAAACAUGUUUUUUUUUUAAAUAGAGGAAAUAAGAAAAGAGGAGAGAGAACCUGCGGGCGAAUUCGUGUCAAUUCAUCUGAAGAGGAUGUGGAAUAAUUUAUAACUCCAAAUUCAAAAACAAAUCCGAGAUAACGGAGAAAGAAGCGAGAGGGGGAAACGGAUACUGGAUCUGUCGUCAGAGAGAGACGGAGAGGAAAGCGCAGUGACUGAAACCCUCAGCACCACCGCCGUUAUCACAAUAAGCCCAAUGUGACCUUCAUCUGAGUGAAGUGUCUCUAUUCAACAUUCACGAAGCAGACGGGCAAAAAAACUGAAAAGAAGAUUAAGAAGAAAGCACACAGACGCGCGAGGGAGGAGAAGAAAAGCAAGCUGCCAGGAGCCGGGCUGCUCUCUCGAAUCCCUCCGAUCAUCUGAUUGAUCCGUCGAUCCAUCACUCACCGCCAGUUCCAACAAAUGGGAGCUGACAUGGGAGCCAUGGGUGGGACGAAGGUCUUGCUCCUGGUGUUUCUGGUUGGAUGGGAGAAGUCGCUGGGUCUCAACUGGAACCCAGUUCCACGCAAGACUGUUCGAUACCAGGAUGUGUUGGACAGCAUGGCGAGGUUCAGCAUUCAGGGAGUGUUCAACUACAGCAUGCUGACUCUGUCCGACCACGAGAGGGUUUUGUACGUCGGAGCGCGGGAGGCGCUGUUCGCCCUGGACCCCAACGACAUCAGCAGACAGCUACGGCCACAGAUCGACUGGCCAGCUCCGCAGGAUAAGAAGAGAGAGUGUGUUGCCAAGGGGAAGAACAACCAGACUGAGUGCUUCAACUACAUCCGAUUCCUGCAGAGCUACAACCACACGCUCCUCUACACCUGCGGCACCUACGCCUUCCAGCCCAAAUGCACCUAUGUGAACGCGGACUACUUUACCCUCAACACUGCAGCCCUGGACGAUGGGAAGGGUAAAUGCCCAUAUGACCCUGCCAAGGGGCAUACUGGCCUGAUAGUGGAUAAGGAGCUCUACUCAGCAACGCUCAACAACUUCCUGGGUACAGAGCCUGUCAUUCUGAGGAACCUGGGCCGACAGCACUACAGCAUGAAGAGCGAAUACUUGCCUGCCUGGCUCAAUGAGCCGGACUUUGUGGGUUCAGCCCUGGUGAGGGAGAGCAGCGGCAGUAAAGAGGGGGACGAUGACAAAAUCUACUUCUUCUUCAGUGAGCGAGCAUUGGAGCUUGACUGUGACACUGAGCUCACUGUGGCCAGGGUGGCCCGUGUCUGCAAGGGGGAUUUGGGUGGCACCAGAACCCUGCAGAAGAAGUGGACCACCUUCCAGAAAGCCCGUCUGGAGUGCUCCCUCCCCGAGCGCCACGUCACCUUCAACAACCUGAGGGCCGUCUUCACACUGCCAGGCCAGGACUGGCGGGGAACAACUUUCUAUGGUAUCUUCCACGCCCAGUGGGGAGAUGUGGACGUGUCGGCGGUGUGCCAGUACCAGAUCGGUGAUGUGAAAAAGGUGUUUGAAGGAUCUUACAAAGAGUACAGGGAGGCAUCCCAAAGGUGGGGACGCUACACCGGUGCUGUCCCUGUCCCACGGCCUGGAUCGUGUAUAACUAACUCAGACAGGGAGAAUGGCUACAACAGUUCCCUGCAGCUGCCUGACGCCACGCUCAACUUUGCCAAGAAGCACCCGCUGAUGGAGGACAAAGCUCUGGCACGCCCCCUGCUGCUCACCAAGGGCGUCAACUUCACGAGGCUGGCGGUGGAUCGGGUUAGCGCGCUGGACCAGCGAGCGUACAACAUGCUCUUCAUCGGCACAGCAGAGGGAUGGCUGCAAAGGGUGGUGAUUCUGGGCUCCGAGGCCCACGUGAUAGAGGAGAUCCAGCUGUUUGAGAACGCCCAGCCCGUGGACAGCCUGACCAUCUCUCACUCCAAGAAGUACGUGUACAUAGGCUCUCGUUCGGAAGUUCUCCAGCUGCCCUUGGCCAACUGCAGCCGCUAUCAGUCUCAGCCAGACUGUCUGCUCGCUCGGGAUCCCUACUGCGCUUGGGAUAGUGAGGGUCGGGCCUGUGUCCGUAUCGACCUCCACCGCGGGUCCACCUCCUCCCUGUCACAGGACCUCAUGCUGGAAAGGUUCAGCCGGGGGAAAGCCAAGUUCGAUAAGCCCGUCUCCAUUCCCAGCCCUGAGCACUCUCGUCUGAGGAACAUAACAGUGGUGGUGGGAUCUGACAUGGUGCUGCCUUGCCAGCUGGUCUCCAACCUGGCUCAACCCUUCUGGGUUCUCAACGACCGUGAGCUCCAGCUGGGUGACCCUGAGGCAGGAGGACCACGCUUCGACCGGACCCUCAAGGCCCUCGUCGUCCCAGCAGCGGGCCAGAUGCAAGCGGGCCGCUAUAUCUGCUACUCUGAAGAGCAGGGGGUCAAGUUUCAGACAGAGCGCUAUCAGGUGGCCGUAGUAGCCAGCGCUCCGGUCUUCAUGGAGGCCCGGGCUCCAGACAGCAGCAUGGGGCUCUUCUGGGUGCUGGUGAUCACCCUCGGAGCGGCGUGCCUGCUUCUCCUUGUAGCAGCUCUUUACCUUCGCAGGAGGCUGAAGCUGGCACUGGGCAAGGGAGCUGACAUGAAGCCUCUUGAGAGCACCCUGGUCUACCCCAUCACCCUGCCCAAGGAGCCACCCACCUUUGUGCCCAGCAAGAUGCCCAGCGACGAAGACCGUUUCUGGGAGACGGGCGCCAACUACUACUACUCAGACGGCUCACUGAAGAUCGUUCCCGGUCACGCCCUGGGGCCAAGCAGCGUCAGCAGCACGGCGUCACCCAGCGCCAUUCCCGGCCAGCCCAUUCACUCCCCCAGCCGUCUCAGCCUCACCAACAUCCGAGGCUCCGGUAGCAACGGCUACAUCCGCCUCAACCUGAGCACAGCAGGGGAGGAGAGGGCUAGCGGGGCUGGCGCUGGGGGCGGCGGGUUGGGGGGCCUGGGCAUGGGCGGGAACGACUACUCCAGCCCCUUCAAGGAAGAGCUGAGACGCACUCUGCAGCAGAGAAGCGUGCUCCCCGACGCCAACCCCGAGGAGUCGUCCGUCUAGGCCUGUCCUCCUCCUGUCUCCAUUCUCUGAGUUGGAAAAACAAAACAACCAACCUACCUCCAUCCUUCUGAGGAUGCCUGCUCUCUCUUUCAGUGACACGCUGUCAAUUCCCCAUGCUCUCUCUCUCUCUCGCUCUGCCAAUGCCUGUUUGGCUCACUGUAGACAUUUAUAGCACACAGCAUGUUAAAUAUACACACUCAUACACCGUGUUCGCCAACAUGCACUCCUAUCCUAUUAUUAUUGUGUUCUGGGCAACAGUCAUGAUUGUGGCUUUUUCUUCUUCCACUGUGCAAUCGCCACUUGUGUAAAUUGUGUAUUUAAAAAAAGGUUGAACGCAAAGGGGAGCACCUCAAGCAUGGAAAUUAAACAAAUGGCGUUUCUGAAGGGCACAUUUCUUUUAUGUUGAGUGGACCAAGUGAGGCUUUUAGCCCCUGUGCUGAAACCAGUUGACGAACGGCAAAUGCAACCGACUGGAAGUAUGAACUGAAUCUUCUGUCCUGUUCCUUUGAGACCUUUUCCGCUUACUGCACUUAAAAACUGGAAGCACGACUUCCCUUUUUGUAUUUGUGAGCCAAGAGUGUGAGAGCGGUAUAAAAAGACUAAUUAAUCUCGAAGCAAGACGACAAUCAUGUCCCCGUAGCAGGAGCUCUGCGUGGGACCGAGAGGAGAGGAGAGAGAGCGAGAGACAAAGAGAGAGGAAAUUAAAUGGAAAAUGAAGUGAAUUGGAGUGAAAGACGAAAGGGGGUUUUUGAAUGAAGGACAAUCUCUCAAGACUUUCUCUGCUCAAUUUGUAUUUUUUUCCCCCCCAUGUUGUAUUUACCCCCAGAGAGAGUCCUCGAUUCCCUUCCACUUUAAUUUGUUGUGAUGGUUGGUUUGAAUUAAGACAUUUCUGUUGUUGUUUUUCUAUGUCUUACGGACUACAACAGUGUUCAAACACUUAUCAAGUGACUAAUGGCUCCACUCUGUGAAUGACAAUGCGAGGGCAAGCGCUUACGUUCCUCACUCAAUCCUGCACGGUGACCCUCAAACGCACCUUCAAGUCCGAUAUACACUCCAAAUGACAUUUAUUAGAGUCACAGUGUGUUACAGACGCGUGUUUUCUUUGAGCCCUUUUGGACGUUUGUUCAUCUCUUCAGAAAGAGAAGGCUAUUUGCAUUCAGCUCUUAGCAGCAGCGUAACAAUAACUGCACACUUAAUUCCAAAUUGAAGCUGACAUGAAGACAUUAGGCAUGGAGAAUGUAGUUGAACCCUCACUGUUGCGACCGCUGUGGAUGUCUCAAUAAGUGCUUUAUAUCUUGUGUUUGGUGAGGGUGGUAACUUGCACUGCCAAGAAGGAAAGUACUCCUCCCACACACACACACACACACACACACUCACAGUCCUCUGAAUGCCGACCAUCCUGGACUACAGUGGGUUUGUGACGUACCCUUAAACACCAUGAAACCCUUCCCUCUUACCGACGCCCAGAGACUUACCCGGGGCUACUGUGGACUUAUACAGAGGAAGAGCACUGUAAAACACACCAACACAAAAAGAAGACACACACAGUGUUGAUGGACUAAUGGACAGACAGACAAACUGAUUGUUGCCUUGCUGACAAACUCCUGGCUGCAGGCGGGAGGAAGCCAAGAACCAGUGAAAGGGGUGGCUUUUAUUUUUGGGACGUGUCUGUCGGGACCAGAGGAGCACAGCGAGAAGGAAGGGGAGGACAAAAAUACCUUGUUUUGCCCCACUGUGUACAGAGCGCUGAGAGAGAUGUAGAAUAUCAAAAUGAUCCAAAGGUUGAAGAGGUACUCAGCCAUCAGCACUCCAUCCUAGUGUUGCAUGAACCUCUGCAAGUGGACUGUACAUCUUUGAUAUGACCAUCCUUGUACAAGUGCAUCAUUUUGAUCUGUCAUUUUUGGACUUUUACAAACACAUUGUGGAACACUAAUGGAAAAAAUAAAGACAAAAUAUGUCUGAUUUUAUGGUUCAAGGGUUGUACAGGAAUUCAUGGCUGCGUUUCAACAUGUUUACUUUUUCUGUGCCUCUUCACCUUUUGGAUAAGCCAAAGUAGACUGCAGUUGCUUUUGUUCUUCUUGAAAUACUUAAUUUUAUUUGAUUCCUGAUCGAUAUUUAAGUCUCAGCGGUCCGUCCACUUUGCUACACUGAGCUGAUGUCUGCAACCUUUCUGCAUAUUUUAUCUGCAGCUAAAUCUUUCCUCAAGCAAAACGCAAAAAUGGCUUGAGGCUGAUGGACUUCCUGUUUGCUUGCUGUUUUUAUGUCAGCGGUGAUCAGCUGGACCCAAUUCUUUAUCCCCUUACUUUAUGAAAAGCUGAAUAAUGUACCAAAACUUUAACCAUUAUUUAAUUUGUCAGCCCCUAAAAACCAAAUAUGUGUCUGUUCAUUUGAAGCAGAUCUGUGAUAGAAUGUGUUUAUAUUAUUAAAUCCCCUGAAGCAGGCGGCUAAAUCAUGUUAGCUGUUUACACUGGUACUUCAUUGUGUCUUUAAUAUAUUUCCCUGUUACAAUUGGGCUUUUCUUUUAAUAUAACAUGUUGCAAAAACUAAAAAGAUAAAGAUAUACAGGUCUCAAGCUUGAAAAAAAAUGCAUGUGUAAUGUACUUUAUGUGCAUUUCUUCAUUUCUUACGCAUUUGUUUGCUCAUAAUAUUUUCUGUCACACAAGGCUUUAAGUUCUGCUGUUUUCUUAUUAUUUGUAUUAUUCUAUUAUCGCCCCGCUUUUAUUUUGUCCCAUUUCUUUCUUGUCGGUUCUUGAUCUUUUAUGUUUGUUUUUAAAAUAUGUCAAAUAGGCUAACUUAUUUCACUUGUACAAACAUGUUGAUAUUUAUUACCAUUGUACAUAUGUCCUUAUUUUUUAUAUGUGUAUAUAUACA